AUGUCAUUUUGGAAGAAACAGCCUGCUUCAAACAGUAGCACAACCAUAGGCCCAGUUACGAAGCCAUCUGAUUCCAGCCAAGUUGCAACUCCACUUCCAGAUGGAUACUCCUGGAAAUCAGUCUCUGAUGCCACCUUGGUCUCUGAAUUCCUUAGCAUCAACUACUCUGAUGAUGAUUCACUGAUGAUCUGUUACAGACCAGAAAUGAUUCGUGGCCUAUUUGGUCUCUCUUCAUUCAGGUCUGCCUACAGUUUGGGACUAUUUCACAAUCACAAAAUGGUUGGAUACAUUUUUGGUAAAGAACACACUGUCACUGAAAUAGGCAGAAUUCUGGGAGUGAAUUUCCUCUGUCUCGAUCGAGACCAUCGCAACCUGAAAAUGGCACCACUUUUGAUCACUGAAUUAACACGCAUAUCCUAUGCAUCCAGCAUCCACUACGCCAUCUUUGCCAAUGGAGAAGACAGGGGAUUUGCAUUUACAGCUCUCUCCUACUUCCACAUGCCCCUGAAUGUCCCCCGUCUCAGACCACUGAUCCAUAUUCCAGGCAACUUCAAACAGAGACUGUUUUCUAUUCGUAAAACAACUGCAAUUGCAACAAGGGACAAUCUGCUUGUUGCUGCUGAACUGCUUUCCAACUCAAAUCAACGAAUGCUCUUUUCUGAGUCAUUCACCCCAGAGCAGUUUGUAGAAGAAUUCACAACUCGCCCAGAAUGCAACUAUACGCUCUUCAACAGCACCACCUCUGAAUUCGCCUCAUUCUUCGUCCUGGACACAAAAUGCCUCAAAACAGGCAACACAUUCCGUAGGGCCUAUUUGCACUACUUUUCUGGUGGCCCUGAAAUUGUUGAAGACGCCCUUUGCUACGCCCAGAACACGCUCAACCUCGAUCUGUUCGAUGUCCUUGACAUGGGCCGGAAUGAGACUGAGAUCAUCGAUCACUUUGGUUUCCUCCCUGGAACUGGUCACCUGUUCUACCACCUCUUCAAUUACAGUGUGGGUCUAAUUGGUAGAUCCAGAGUCAAUUUCGUACUAUUCUAA